AUGUCCAAAGAAUUGGUUCUCAUCACCGGUGGAUCUGGAUUUAUUGGAGGCCACUGCAUUAUCAAAUGUCUUUCAGCCGGCUACCGAGUCAGGACGACCAUUCGGUCAUUGAAACGUGAAGAAGAAAUUCGACGAGCGCUUCGUGUCGGCACUGCAUCUAACCUCGAGGACCUAUCAUUUGUUGAGGCUGAUCUUAACAGCGACAAUGGCUGGACUGAAGCCGUUCAAGACUGCACCUACGUCCUUCAUGUCGCGUCUCCAUUCCCUGCUGCGGCACCCAAGGUCGAGAACGAACUGAUAGCUCCCGCUCGAGAUGGUACUUUACGUGUAUUGCGCGCUGCCCGAGAUGCAAAAGUUCGUCGCAUCGUCAUUACGUCGUCCAUCGCAGCUAUCCAUGCUGGCCGGACAAUUCCCGCGUCAAACAAGCCCCUCACCGAAGAAAACUGGACGAACCUGAAUGCCCUUGGAGUGACUGCCUACGAUAAGAGCAAAACACUGGCUGAGCGUGCUGCAUGGGAGUUCAUCGAGAAGGAAGGGGGAAGCCUUGAGAUGUCCGUUAUCAACCCGGCCAUGGUCAUGGGCCCCGUUCUGGCACCGGAAACAUCCACUUCGAUUGAAGUCAUCAGUCGCUUGAUGAAUGGUACAGUCCCGGGUUGUCCUAAUCUGGAGUUCGGGCUUGUGGACGUUCGUGAUGUGGCUGACCUGCAUCUUCUCGCAAUGAUACACCCAAAAGCCAACGGGGAACGUUUCUUGUGCAUGGCACCACCAGCAAUGACGAUCAAGGAGAUGUCACUGACCCUGCGCGAGAGAUUGGGGGUCAAAGCGAAGAAGUGCCCAACACGAACUGUGCCGAAUCUCCUUAUGUGGGUGCUAGGGCUAUUUGACCCGGCCAUCGCCUUGAUUGUUCCUCAAUUGGGCGAGUCUCAUACAGCAUCCAAUGAGAAGGCUACGAGUUUGCUGGGCUGGUCACCCCGGUCGAAUGUCGAUGCAGUAGUUUCCACAGCGGAGAGUCUUCUGCAAAUAGGGCUUAUUAAGGAAUAA